UUAUGUGCAUUUUGGCCUGUGUACAACAGAACAUACCAUUUCGGGGCGCGCUCCCCCUUGCUGCACCACGGGGUCGGCGGAUAUUCAGGUCUUGAGUUCACUGAGUUCACGUGCAGCUUCACCAUGUUUUGUCGUACAGGACCCCCUCUCUUGCAUGUCACAAGGACCAUGCGAAAUGGCAAUCCCCACGAAGUGCCGAAGUGCCUUGCUCAUCUCGACUCCCAACAACGUACGGGUGUGUGGCCCUCGGCAAUGGCCCUCUCACCCUGGAAAAGUCUGGAAAAGGGUGGAAGUACUACUAGGACUGGAUGGGGCAAGCACUACUUCAGGUUCUUUGCCACUACUUCCACAUGAACUGGGCAACCGCUGGAGCAGUGCUUGCCAUGCUGCUGGCCAUGUUGCAGCUCCUUUGCCGAGCACAGAGCUUCGAGGUCGCUCAGAAUGGUGAAGCACUACUCUGGCGGGUUGCAUUUUUGCCCAUGGCUGUUUUUAUGUUUGUCUAUUUCUCCUGGAGCUUGUUUCGCAGCAAGGCAUUGUGGUUUGAUGGCAUUUGCGUGGACCAAGGCAACCUGCCACUGAGAGCCAAGACCAUGGAAGCAGUUCCGGUUUUCGCAUCAGAAGCAGCCAGCAUGUUAGUUGUUUGGCAUGAGAGCCUCUUCAGCAAAUUGUGGUGUGUAUAUGAAAUCGCUGUCAGGGCAAAGAACCGCAGCUUUGAUUCGAUCCAUGUCGUGCCUGUGUGGCUUCCUUGCUUUUCAGUGAUGAGCACUGUGAGCACCGUGUUGUCACUUUGGAUUUUGUCUGGUUUCGUGAUUCCGGCCUGCGAGAGCGACCCAACCUCACGCUUUGUGUCCCUUUUUGGACUCUACUUUGGCUCCCCUGUCGCGUACAUCGUUUUUGCCAUUCCCAUCACUCACUUUUGCUCGCUGAAGAUUGAAUCUCACAAGACCAUGCUGGACCAGAUGGAAUCCUUUGAUCUUAGAAAUGCUACUUGUUCUCUGGAGACAGACCGUCUGAUGAUCAGGAGACAAGUCCUAGGCCUCUUUGACGAGGCCUUGCAACUUCCCUUGUCCGUUUCACUUGAAGCAGAGCCACCAGGGUCAGACGCAGAUAGUACCCAUCCAGAAGUGGCUGCCCUGCUAUCUCCAGAGGAUCUUCAUAGCUUUCGUCAUGUGACCAGCUAUCCAAGCGAUGAAGAAGUCAUUGAUGAGUUCAACUCCUACGUCCGAGGGCCGCUACGUGAAAGCGUGGUGCGUUCGUUGGGCCGGGAAGACCAAAUUCCCUUGCAGGUGUGCUUAUGUGCAUUUUGGCCUGUGUAUGCUGGAGGCUUGGCACUCACAGCCGGCUGCAACGGCCAUCGCGAUUGCCAAUAUGCUGCCGAGAAUCUGAAGUUUCAGUCGGUGACGUGGUAUUUGGUCACAUCUGCGAUCAACACCAGUGUCUUCUGGCUGAUGACCAACCUCCUUACCUUCCCCCUGGCUCUGCGAGUCAACUGCCUAGUCGCCAAUGUGGUCACCGACCGAUGGUGGCAGUUCCUCGGAGAGCCACCAGAUGUGUACCAGAGGGGUGUUGAUUCCGAGCCCGAGGUGGCAAGAUUUGAAAGCGCUGCGUAA